CUCGACUCUCGACUCCCGACUCCCGACUCCCGACUCCACGCCCCAGUCGUUCCCGCAUUCCUUACCUCGGCGGCCCUCUCCCGUGGUCGGGACGUCCCUUCGCCGUGCCAUUGGCGCGACGCCGGUCUUGUCUCUCCCUCCCGUUAUUAGUGCUUCUGUCUCGGGUCCCUCCCCCAUCGUUCAUAACAUCAUCGGGUGCUACCCUGACGACGCAGCGCAUGGCCCCGCUGGCCUCGUCGUCUGCUCGCCGUCCCAACGCUGCCGCCACCGCCGCCGCCAACACCUCCAUCACUAACACACGCUCGCGCCAUGAUUCCCGCCAAAGGCCAAGUCAUGGCCGCCGACGACGACAUGCUCGACUCCCCGAUAAGUCAGACCUUCUCCGCUCGUUUCGAUCAGCUUGCCUGUGAGGAAGACGGUCAGCUCUUCGCCGCCCGGAAUGCAAAGCCGAGUCGCAGGGAGUCGAGGCUCGGCCUCAGGGGCAUCUUCGGCCGCUCUAAACCCCCCAAAGAGAACGAAUCCCUACCUCACACCAUUCAUGGGCCGCGAACUCCCGCGGCCCGGAUGUCGCUUGCGGGCUUGAGCAAUUGGCCCCGCGCUCACAAAUCCGAAGGCGCCCUCCUGUCCGGCCCAUCGUGGCAGCAGUUGCCAGUCACCCCCGAGACUCCCCAAGAGGACUUGAGCGCUCAUGACGACCCCUUGAGCGCCAGGAAGCGCAAAAUGCGUCCCAGGACCCCCAAGCAGCCCCGAGAGGCGCCCGUCCACUGGUCGAUGCCUCCGCUGUUCAAGGCAUUCCCGCAGGCCGUGCGCCACGUUACUCUGCCUGCCACCAGCCUCUCGGCCGACGCAAUUUUGCGCUUCAGCGAAAAGAAGGCCGGCACCAGCUCACCGCAGGACCCGACAGCGCCCGUUGAAGACGGAGAGCUCGACCCCCAAGAGACCGACAGGGACAGAAAAAAGCCUCGCCGCAAUGCCACCGUGUCGGCUGAGAACCUGGAGUGGACAACCAAAAUAUAUAUCCUUGUGACAUCGGGCUACCUUUUACAGUAUGCAGGCGACGGCCACUUCGAUCGAUUACCGGAAAAGGUUCUUCGCUUGGGCCCUUCGUCGGCGGCCUUUGCUACAGACGCCAUUCCCGGCCGGCAUUGGGUCAUUCACGUCUCGUCGACAGCUCAGGCUGAUGGCACGCCAACUCCCGAUUCUCGAUCUCUCUUCUCCAAACUGCCGUUCCGAGUGGACAAGCGCAGCACGUCUAAUUUGCUCAUGGUUUUUGAAGGUGCCGACGUCAUGGAAGCCUGGAUAUCGAUCCUUCGUGGCGAGAUUGAAAAGCUGGGCGGUAAAAAGAAUCUGUCAGAGACAGGAAAGCCCAAGACGGCAGAGGCGACUCAGCACCUCAGGGAGCAGCCGAGCCAGCGCACUCUGAUCGUGAGGGACCUUUCGCGAUUCGGCUCGAAUCGACUGAGUCGGGCGGUUUCUGGCGCGGACCGAGGUGACUGUGGCGGUGAGACUUCUCCCCGUCUCACAAACCUCGAUACUCCUCGAGAUCAGUCCAUCGACGACGUCUCCACCACCAAUAGCAGCGUUUCGCAAGAUGAGAGACAGCUCGACAGUCUGCGCGAGAGUUCUCAACGGCUUUCGUACAUUUCGUCAGGUCAGCGCACCUUCGUCACCUCAGCCGGUUCCUCCCCUGAACCAUCACCGAUCCGUGACAGCUUCUACUCGCAUGCCGAGGAGCAUUCGACGCAUGCCAACGAGCACUGCGAGGCUGUGGCGAGACUGCGGCCUAAUGCGUCGGAUAUUUCCAUACGGCGGCAAUCAAUGCAAGUCACAAAUCCUUUUGUCGCCCCGAGCCUAGUGCUUCACGGCAGCACCAGGAGCCCACUUGGCAGCAACGGGGCAGUAUCCCGUGGCGAUGGAUUGAUUUCGCCCGUGGGCGGGCGACCUACACCAAACUUCAGCGUUCCCCACUCCUCCAAUCGGCGCUUCUCUUACGCAAGGACAUACCUGACAGACGUAGACGAUCCGCCGAGUGAGGCGCCAGGGGGCGCGCAGUUGCGGUCUGCCCGGCCCGGGCCGCCCACCGCGUUGCGGGAGUCACGGCCUCUGUCGAUGGUUAUGGAUCAGCCCUCGCCGCGAGAGGUUCCCCCAGAGCGGCCGACAACGAGCCAGCGCCCCCACAAACUACUGUCGCCCGCCAAGAGACCGAGCCAGCAACGCUUGAGAUCCAUAUCCCGGGGCAGAGAGGGGCCGGACGUGGAGGUCGCCUUGGGACGACGAUCUGAUUUCGCUAACAUGGUGGAAGACAGACGAGGCUCUGCGGCAGAGGGACAUCGACGGGUCUCGGAGUUCAGCGUCAGGCGAACGGAGGAUGCCAGCGUGCCAAGGACGUCACAGGUUCUUCCCCUGUCCAGGUACGACGAACCGUUUGCGAGGCCACAGUCGCCGCCGCGAGCCAACCCGUCGGAUGAUGCCAGAAAGUAUCGCUCUUCUUUCUUGGAUGUCGGCGGACCACGAAGUCGAUCGGUGGAACCAUCCCGUGCGGCAAAGCGCGCAAGCCUGAACUCCAUCAUAUCGGACAGAUCGUACGACUAUCACCAGUCCUUGAUGGCGGAACUGCCUCAAGUUCCGCCACCCAAAGGACCUCUACCGCCGAUUCCGCCUCCGACUGACAAGGAGUGCAUGGCAAACGGCUUGAAACCGAGGGCGUCAGCGUUCAGCCGCAGGAGGAGCCUGCCACAGCUGGCGGGCGGCCCUCCACCGGCACCGCCCCCUACACGGGCGCUCCCACCCAUUCCACAAAAUGUUCAGAUGCGAACCUGAGCCGUGUGCAGCUUGCUUUUCCUUUGUCGGCUUCUGCCCUGCAUGAGAGGGGCAAAUACGGGCGCGUGUAUAGAGCUGCACAACGACAUAUUUUCCCAGCCAGUUUUUUGAUUUCCGGCGUGGUUUCGGCAACGUUUUCUGACGGCAGUUCAAGUGCUGACUGCAGUGCUUGUGGGGUAUUGGCGAGGCUAUAGACUAAAGAGCAUUAGCGAAACCCCUCGCAUGGGUUGCUUUGCUUGUUGCUGACACGAGGCGAAGUCCCUAAUGAGAGGAUCGAUUUGACGGACAGGAAAAACGAUGUAUAGACGGGAUAUGGUGCCUAUUGGGGCGAUUUGAGAGAGAUGUGGGCGGCAGACCAGUUGUCUGGCUUGUACUAUACCCGUCGCGUGCUUGCGCGGAUUCGUAUGUGAAGACGGAUUUUGACCUCUCAUGGUUUG